CGGCAAGAUGGCGAAGGUUGAAGCAGGGUCAACUAAAGAGGGCAUUCAGAUAUCACAGCUGCCAUUAUACAAUAAUCCUGAACCAAGGAAGUAUGAAGAGGUGGACCAUGCUGGCGAAAUCACAAGAACACUACGGGGAUGGGUGUCCCCUUUAACCCGUGCCAUUUUACCAGGGAUGAAAUAUGUCAAGGCUGGGAGCGAACGCGCGAAAGAAAUUGGACAGACAGGAUAUGCUCACACAAUGACAUCUGUCCAGAUGAUUGAGGAUGACCCUUACGGCCCUGCGUCCAUCGUAGGUGGUGCUGCCGGUGGAUUGCUUCUUGGUAUCAGAGGAGGGAAAAUCACAAAAGCAUUGCUGGCGAUCAGUGGAGCAGCACUGGGUGGAUAUAUCUACUACUGGGAGCCGCAGAAUAAGGCUGGAGAGAUUUUCGAUAAAAUUAAAAAAAGUGUUGAAGAUCUAUCAUUUACCACAGAAAAGAAAUCGGCGCCAGAGACAAAACCAUCAACAGAAGCAAAGAAAGACAGCUGAAACUUGCACAUUUCGUGAUAGCUCUUGUACUACUUAUAAUAUUAUAUAAAUGCCAUAAUAAAUAUGUAUAAGA